CGCCAGUGUACACGGUUGUAAUGUUGUUUUUUAAUCAUAACACACGUUGUGAAAAUCUGCCAAUAUGGUAAGGUUGUUUGCAGCGAGCCCGUGGCAUUACGUCGGGGAUCGAUAACCUCUCGCUUCGCUUGUGUUGGCUAGGGUGGUGUGUGCGCUCCUCAGUCGUUUUGCGUAUUUGGGCUAUUUCGUGCUCUUCUGACCGUGCGAUCGUAGCAUUUGUCUGUGGCCACGCCGAGUUUAAGUGCAUAUGAAGCAGCUUUUAGUAUUUCUGUAGCGUCUAGCUCACGCCUUGCUAGGCUGCGCAGCGUUGCGACAUGGAAGUGGUCCGUGUGUGCUCGAGAGAUCGCUACACGCCCUACGCGAUUAAUCACUCCUGACUGUUUACCCCUCGGCUGGGGUGCCUUGCACAGCGUUCGCGACUGUUUUACGCGACGAGCGCCUGCACGAGGCUGCGCACUGCCCCGACAACGCGAUGCAUUCUGCAAGUCCACGGCCGUGCAAAGUGCGUGCCGCGUUUCCGUGGUGUCGGGUUGCAGACCCCCACGGAGUCCGACUCGCACACUCUCGUAUGCCUGCAGGAAGAUCGUGCCCGUCCCGUGGAAUGUCUCAUGCCGGAGGUGACGGCGGCGAACGAAACCGUGUCCUUGCCACCGAUGGCUGAUGCACGCCUCUGACAUGCGGUCGGCGAGCUGUUGACAAAAUGUUGCCGUCGGGUACAGAAGUGGUGGCCCGUUACAACUUCAAUGGAAAGUCGCCGGAGGACCUGUCUUUUACCAAAGGGGAUAUCAUGACCAUCGUGUCUGAGACUCCGGACUGCAACUGGUUCCGGGCACGGCAUAGUGAUGGGCGUGAGGGCCUGAUACCACUCAACUACAUCCUCCGAAGGGCAGAGGUCAAGCUCAAUUCCAUGCCAUGGUUCCACGGAAAGAUCAGUCGUGAGCGAGCAGAGAUGUUGCUCCAGCCUCGGGAAGACGGGCUCUUCCUGGUGCGCGAGAGCACCAACUACCCCGGUGACUACACACUGUGCGUCUGCUUCCGUUCCAAGGUGGAGCACUAUCGUGUCAUCUACCGCAUGGGCAAGCUCACCAUCGACGAGGAGGAGUACUUCAAGGUCCUACCACAACUCAUCGAGCAUUAUGAGCAAGAUGCAGAUGGGCUGUGUACACGUCUGUCACGCUCGGUGCCAAAGCAAGGUGGUGAGCUGGCAAUUGAUCACCGAGCCUUCGAGAUGGCUGGCUGGGCAAUCAAGAAGCAGGACCUGCAAGUUAUCGAGAACAUUGGCAAGGGCGAGUUCGGAGAUGUCUUGCUCGCAACCUAUAAAGGCCAGAAGGUCGCAGUGAAGAAGAUCAAAGAGUCUGGCAAAAAUAUGCUCAUCGCUGAGGCAUCACUUAUGACGUCCUUACGCCACCCAAACCUCGUCCAGCUUCUUGGCCUGGUCAUUGAGGAGAACUCUCUGCAAAUUGUCACCGAGUACAUGGCUAAGGGUUCCCUGGUGGACUACUUGCGUUCCCGGGGACGGCUCCACGUCACACGAGUCGAUCAGAUCAACUUUGCCACAGACACAUGUGCGGGCAUGGCUUACCUGGAGUCGAAGCACGUUGUGCACCGAGACUUAGCUGCUCGGAAUGUGCUAAUCUCUGAUGACGGCGUGGCAAAGGUGUCCGAUUUCGGCCUGGCAAAAGAUGAGAGUGACAACCUGGAGGGUGGCAAAUUUCCGAUCAAGUGGACUGCCCCCGAAGCCCUCAAAUGCAACAAAUUCUCUAACAAGUCAGACAUGUGGAGCUUUGGCAUCCUGCUGUGGGAGAUUUACUCUUUUGGCCGGGUGCCGUACCCACGAAUUCCCCUGGCAGAUGUGGUGCGUCAUGUGAGCAAGGGCUAUCGCAUGGAAUCGCCAGAGGGCUGUCCUAGUGAUGUGUACGAGCUCAUGCGUGCUGCUUGGCAGGAGGAACCCCAGGAAAGACCCACCUUUGCGCAGGUGCUUCGCAAGCUCCAGGGUUUGAAACUUGAAGCUCAGCAUGUCAUCUGACAGCGUACUGUGAGUGACUUCCUGGAGGCUGCGGCUUCAGCUCUUGGAGACUCAUGUGCGCAAGUUCCGUCGUCUAGUAGACAGGACCAGACGGUCGACAAGUGUUGUCCUUGUGCCAGUGAAUUGACUCUCGUACCAAUGCAAGGACUGAAAUGCAGCACACCUGUUAUCAGUGGCGUAGCUGCAAGCAGUGCAGGGGUAGAUGACGCCACGGUGAACGCCGACCACGCCGCUCUUGAGGAUUUGAGCUGCACGCCACUCUCGUGUGUGGAGAUGCCUGUGUCAGACACGUGUCCACAAGAAAGAACUCAAACGCGCAAGUCACUUGGUUGCGGUGCAGAAGCUGUGCCUGCCCAUACGAGUACAUCUCCCUGUGAGGCAUUGAGCAAUGGUAGUGGUGCAUUGAGUGCCACACAAAAGCCAUCAUCGAGCAGCCUAGGAGAGCACCGGACACGAGUCUCUGUGGCGGGUGCCUUUGCACUUUUGGUGACAGCCUACCUUCAGACCCAGAUCCCUCCAUAGGUGACAUUCGGUGUGGCUCUUAGAUGUGCACCAUGCGGGGUGACUUCCACUUUGAGUUUUUUUUUUUUUCUUUUAUCCUGUCGUAGUUUUCUGUUUCUCCUUUCUUACCUUGUGACGCCCGUUUGCUAUUAGGCAAGAGCAGUUGUCUUCUUAUUAUAUCAAUUUAAGCGAUACUCAGUUUAGAUGGGGGAGUAUAUCCAUGCACUGCCUGGAUGCCAAGAUCCAUGCAGAGUGCUGUCGUUUGCUUCACUUCUACUGUGAAUGUGCUUAAGUGCCCAUGAAGUGCAUAUUUGCUCAGAGAAACAUGAUAUCACUCAGUGUGGAGUAACUGUACCAAUUUCUUAACACCCAACAUGUAGUGGUGCACGAAAAGACUGGCUUUUUACAAAUUGUAGUCAGUGCAGUGUGGCCAGCUGGUGGAUAGAGUGAUCAGCAGGCAUAUCUUUGUCUACCAGCGCCUGUUUACUUACCCAGUCAGAUUCCUUGCUAUGUUUUUUUUUUAAUUUUUUAAAAGCUUGUGUGUAAUGUUACUGCCAGCAGUUUUCUGUUUUUCACAUCAGAAAGAAGGUUCUGCAUGGAAGAGUGAGAGUGUCUACAUCUCUUCUUUUUCCUUUUUGAGUGUCUCGUGAAAUUGCAGCUUCCUUUGUUUGGUGUCCCGUGCACUGCUAGAGUAGAUAUUGCUGGUGGGCUAUCAGCUAGAAACUGGCUUAUACCCACACUGAAGGAAUAAUGCUACAAGAAUAUUCACCUUCCUGUGUUUUUUCAAGAGUUCAGAUUUUUCUGCUUCUUUUUUUAUCCUGGCGUUUUUAGGUUUGACCAGCGUGAGCAGGCAUGACAGUGUUUUUAUGUAAAGUCGUGGUUUUGCAACUUCCAAAGUGCAUGUGCACAUGCAUAAGCCAAAGCGAGUGGCAGCAUUCUUGUGGUUGUGUGUGUGUAUGCGUGUCUUAUGCUUGGCAGAUUGUGUUAACUUAAAUACUGCUGUCCCAUUUGGCCUCUUCUACGGGCAUCUGCUGAACAACUUAAAUUGCCAGAGAAGCUUUCCAAUAAUUGGAUGCUCUGUUUUCUAUGUUAUAAGCUGUGCCAAAGGGAACAACAGCAGUAUUGUAUGAAGAAGUCUCACCAAAACUUUUAUGAAGUCAGUGCACAGUGAGGUCUGUGCAAAAUCUGUGGCUCUCCGUGCAAGCAACAGCUCAAAGUGAGCUUUUUGAUGCAGCAGAAGAGCCCAUAUGUGUGGUGGCAAGCAGAACAGCUUGUCACCACAUCCUCUAAAUCAUUUCUGCAGCUUUGUGCUGGCCUUUAUAAACUGCUUUUGCUGCGUAGCAUGGCUGCUGGAUAUAUAUGCCGAAUGAGUUGCACCCUCUUGAAUCUUGGCUAAGGUAUCUAAUGAUCUUAUUUCGGUCCUUUAUCUUUUUAGCAUUUUGUCAGUUGUCUGAGCAGUGUCCAUUUAUUACACCACCACAACCAGCCAGUUGUGAAUGGUGAAUGAUACAAAGAUAAAACUGAGUGAAUGAAACCUCAGCAUUAUACUUACCUUGCUUUUGCAGAGCAAGAGCCUGCAUAUAUGAAGUGCUUAUUGUCUGCAGUAACACUUUGCUGAAACUGAUGUGAACUGCUAUACUGUUUUUUACGAUGUGAUAAGCCUUCCUUGGGCACAUGAAAUACAGCCAAGUUAUUGGGAAAAUGCCAAAAUUCCUUCCGUGGUGGUGCAUUAUCUAUUUUUCAGUGUAGCAGAAGGUGUGAUUCUGGAGUUUCCAAAGACUUUUCGCUAUUUCUUGCCUUAGCCGAUUUCUGUCACUGUGUGCCUCCUUUUUGGCCUAUCAGCAUGGCCAGCCCUACCCAGUCAUCCGUAGCAUGUUGCUAUGGUUUAAUGUCCGUUGUUCCAGAUCUCAGAUUGCGGGUGUGUUCUGUCGCACAGUUCUCUCUGUAUCUGCCAUUUUCGCUCCUCUUGAAGGUUGCCGCCAUGCCUGGCUUUCAGUGCCAUGACCUUCAUGGUAUGGCCAGUCCGCAAAGUAGCAACACUAUCAUGAAGAUGUCAUUGGCAUCUCAUAGAUGCUACGAACAUUGUGCCACAGCAAACAUAUUCAUGCUUGUUCACCAACCAGCGUUUCCAAGAUAACAUUACUUCACGAUCCAAAUUUUACCUCUACUAACAUACUACAGACAUUCUUGGUUUAUAGUGGCGCCUAAAGUGACAGUGAGUCAAGCUGGACUGAUAGACCACGUUCCUUAAAACCAGUCAACAUUGGUCCCAAGAGAAGUGUAGUUAGUUGAAGAUAUGUACGUCUCUCUUAAUUUUCCGAUUUUCGUUCUGCUAAGUAAAAAGAUGCUGGUGUAAAGCAGGACCUCAGCCAUGCGACAGCUGAUGUUGUACUCUGUCGCUCCGCUGAGUUGAAAGAUACUACAGAUAGUUCUGUCAAAAAGCCUCCAAACAAGGAUGAUUCGCACCUUUCGUAUCUUCAAAUAAUGGGAAGUUUUCAUAUAAGGUCAGUGCGUUACAUAUACACUCACCUUGUGUUAUUGCCGCUGUGCAUGUGUCAUACUCUAGGUAUUCUUUUCAAUACCAUUAUGCACCAUUUUCUAAAAUUACAUGCAUAUCCAUGCAGCCCUAUAGAUCCAUUGCACUGGUAAAAUGAAGUUCUGAGUGGAAUUCAUGUGAAUUUGG